UUCUGGUCACUUCUCUUCUGUUCGUCACGGCCGCGAUAUUCGAUCUACCUCAGCCAUGACGAAGACUAGUCUCUUGUUGACGGCCUACGCCUUGUUUGCCCAAGGAACCAGCGCAACUCCACUGGUGAAGCGAAAUUUACCUAGUGAGGAUCUCAAGGUUCAGACAUCUAAGUUCACAGUUCAGGGUACCAUAUUCCCCAACCAAACAGAUGUCCGCUUCUUCGGCAACAUCCCAUAUGCCGAACCCCCCAUUGGAUCACUCCGCUUCAGACCACCGGUCUCCGUAAAGCCUCGAAAUGAAACAAUCAAUGGAACUUGGUUUGGUCCGUCUUGUAUACAGUACAGCUCUGGCUCCAAAACCGUAUAUUCGGAGUAUUUGACUGGAUUUCUCCUCUCACCGGGCCAGCAAACAAGCGAAGAUUGCCUGACUCUAAAUGUUUGGACCCCUAGUGGAAUGAAAGAGGGCGAUAAACUGCCUGUCAUGAUUUGGUUUCACGGCGGAGGGUUCACAUCCGGCGGAUCAGCAUCGCAGUAUAAAUAUGGCGAUAGGAUUGUGCGCGAUCAAAAUGUGAUUGUCGUAGCCAUAAAUUACCGUCUUAACAUUUUUGGAUUCCCUAAAGCGGAGGCUUUGGAUGGGCAAAGUAUGAACCCAGGACUGCUGGAUCAACGCAAAGCCAUCGAAUGGAUCCAUGGCAACAUUCAUGCCUUUGGAGGUGACGCUGAACAGAUGAUUCUCUUUGGACAGUCUGCUGGUGGCUCGGGUGUGGAUUUGUACACUUAUUCUUAUCCAUUCGACCCACUCGUGCGAGGAUUCAUUGCGCAGUCUGGUUCUGCGUCUCGAAGUUAUAGCUUCGACGCUUCAGGAAGCAACUUUACCUAUAUCGCAUCCCAGGUGGGCUGUGAUGUAUCAGGUACCAAAGAUGCGAUCUUUGAAUGUAUGCAAAGCAAACCCGCCACCGACAUUAUUGGCGUCUACAACAAGUACAACGCUUCCAACAACAAUGGCGCCCCACUUUCUUUCAAUCCUACCCCCGACAACCAAGUGGUCUUCUCCAACUACACCGAUCGUCAGGAAAGAGGACUAUUUGCCCAGCUCCCCACGAUAUAUAGUACGACGAAUGCCGAAGGGUCUUCCCUGCUUGAUUUCACACCAGAUGGCCCCAGCGGAGGUCAAGCUGCGAUCGACGCCGCCACACAGCGAACUCACUGUGGGGCUACUGCUGGUGCUUUGGCUCGUCGCAAGUUCAACGUUCCGGUCUGGCGUGUCCGAUACUUUGGGGAAUGGCCCAAUCUCAAUCCCUUCGAUUGGCUCGGUGCAUUCCAUAGCAGUGACAUUCCCAUGAUUUUCGGUACUAGUGAUCUGCGCGGACCGGACACAGAGUUGGAAAAAGAAACAAGCAAGUACUAUCAAGAUGCGUGGGCCUCCUUUGCCAGAAAUCCUGGGAAGGGCUUGUUGGAUUAUGGGUGGCCUACCUUUGAUCCAGCAGACCAAACAUUGGUAAAAUUAGGAAACGGUAGUGCGAAGGCAAUUUUUGGGGAUCCUAACGAAUUUGAUGCUGCUUGUUAA